UCCCAACGCCCGACGCUACGAGAUUAAUGUCAAAAUUGGUUGGUGGCACAUCAACGCCAUUCCCAGCAUCCUUAACCAGUGCACCUGCUGCGUCCAUAUCUGCAAUUCCCAUCAACCUUGCAGCCAGCAAAAACUCGCAUCGACGUGACGAACGCCGUGAGCCAGAAACUGUGUCAGAUCAAAUCAAAGUAUGUUUUGGUUUUGAUGAAUCGGACAACGAUGAAGCGGAAUCCUGUGGUUAUGAGCCAGCAAGCUUCAAUUUAUCACCUGUACGUCGUGAGCAGGGAUCUUUUUGGCCACCCUCUCACUAUUCAUCAAUGCUCUCGGAAGCAGAGGAUGGAAUACCCCGAGCGCACCAUUCUGUCACUGACAAUAGGUCUAUGAAGAGCAACGUUUCUUCCUGCGGAACAUUCCUCAAGCCUCCCGUUGUUAGGAGAACAUGUGUGCCUGCCAGACUCACUGCAGCAACUUCAGGCCUCGCGGCAAAAGUAACUUCUUCUAUCUCACAACGACCAGUUGCUCCUAUUUCAAACCCAUCUCGUCAAAUAUCUGCUUUAUCAAGCCACAUUGAAGGCAACAGCAUCACAACUGAAACGAAUGCUUCAGCUAAUGCAAUUGAAUCAAGAAACGUUGAAAAAGAUCCAUCAUCAACCAAGAAUCAUAAUGUGGUAAAAACAGCCAAAAUUAAAAGCAAAGACCGUGAAAAUGGGGGCUUCAGUUCCAAUAUAGGCGUUGAUGCCACUAGCAACACUGCAGGCUUGGAGGAGAGCAGACUCUUUGACGAGGAGGACCUCAGUCCGGCGAAGGAAGCUUCCCCAGUUAAAGCUACUGCUGAAAAUGCUGCUGCUUCCACUGUUGUGUCGCCUGAGAAAUCUUUCUCUGAGCCUGUGCGUCGCGCCUACGACCGCCGCAGCCUGGAGACGUCACGUCGGUCGCUGCUGGUGAGCCUCGCCGGUGGGCCUCCUGACGACGACGAGGACAACAUGGCCGACCAGGAAGACGUAUCAAGCGCAUCUGUUACCCGUCGAAGGAAACGCAAAACUGCCGCCACUGACGCAAAGACUCGUCCCAUGAAAGCCCUGAAAUCUCGUUCUGCUAAGCAGCCAGCAAUUGGAAAAUCUCGAGCUGAAGCUGAAGUUGACUCCACAUUAGAAGAAUCAGUAGCGUUACCAUCAGUGAAACUCCCGAAAAAGAGCACCCUAAAGUCUGCAACUAGGACCUUAUCUUCUAGAACAAAAGCUAAGAAACGACCAAGCGAUGAUUCAGAUAAGGGACACACUAAUAAGAAAGUAAAGCCCGACUCCAUCUUGAGCACAGACAAGAAGACAGGAACAGGCAAGUCGGUGGCAUUCGAGACGAGCAGUGAUCAGAGCGGCGCUAGUUUUGGGGAUUCUUCCAACGCCUCUGCGAAUUCAGCUCAUGGAAAGAAACAUAAACGGCCUACAAAAGCUGCUGCUUUUGAAAAGAGCCUGAACGACUGGGCGUCAGACCUGAACAGCCACUUCAGCGAAGUCGAAGACCUCGAGCUCGUGGUGGCCUGAACAGAACUGGUAGUAAAGUACAUUUUUUCUGCAGCUGGUCAUUUAGACGAGCCACGACGCCUCGAUAUGUUCCUGAGACUCUCACGCUUGCUCCAAUUUCCUUGCAAUUGAUUUGUCCAAUUUCCUUGAUUGCAAUUUAUUCAAUGGCGGAUUGACAUCAAUACUUUCCUGUAUCUGACACUAUGAUGGGCAUAAUCUCCUUUCUUACUAAUAAUUACGACCACUAUGAUUAGGUGGAAUAUUUCUUAUCACUGAAAUUUAUCAACAUGAAAUCGACGCCUCCAGUAUUGAGGAAUAAAGUGCAAGUUAAUUCAUACUUGAAGUGAAGUACUUUGCAGUACUUCUAUAGCAAUCAACACUCGACCUCCGGGAGAUGUCAACAUUCGCCUAGGCUCGUGUUGCAUGACUUGGUAUUAUCAUCGGUUCGAAAAUAGAUGCUUUGGAAUCUCAUUUGUGGAUUACGAUAUCAUCGGUUGUCGUUUUUAAAUGUAAACAUGAAAAAUUCUUUUUUGAGACUUGUGAAAGAUGGUAUCGGUAUGUUGUUUGGUGAUACUGCUCGACCAUCUUGCUGCUGAGAAUGUUGGUGCAAUUGUACCAUUUUUUUUUCUAAGGAAUUUUGUUCCAAGUGUUUAAUUUCAGGAUCCUUUUACUAUUAAGAUACGUUUUCAAAUAAAUUCAUAAUGCCCAAUCCUCAUAUUACCUCCAUUUUUGUUACAAUUUUAUUGGCUCACAGUCCAUUCAUUGUUUAUGCGCUGCAGACUCGCUCUCUUAUUUUCUUCGCCAUAAUAGUGAGAAUAUCUUGAAAUAAGUACCUGUCGGUCCCAUGAUCGGUUCCUGCCAAUGGAGUUGCCCGUUCUGUACAUUUGUAUCUGCAAAUUUACGGCACAUAUUUUUCGCUUUAAGUUUUCGUUGUAUUCUAGGAACAUAAUUUCGCUUUAUAUGUUUUCGUUGUAUUCUAAGAACGUAUUUUGAAUUGUUCAAUUUGAAUCAUUUUAGGUCGUAGCUGUAAAAAAACUUUCGGUAAUUUUUUUUUAGUAAAUUUAGUUCCACGGACUACACGAGUUUUGUAUAUUGAAUACGUACUUUUUAGCCUUAUGUCCCGACUUGAAUUAGAGUAAUUGAGUACAUAAGCCGUGCAUUAUUUCUAUAGUGUUCUUAACAGGCAUCGAAGUGGAUUGUGUGUGUUACUGUUCAACUGUAUAGUUGUAUUUUUUUGCCUUUAAUUUUAAUGUAUCUUAGUGUUCUAAACUUUACUUCUUUUUCGCAAUUAUUUGCUAUAUGGCAGUUUAUAUCAUGUAGACUAUCCAAUGUAGUAUCUUUUGAAUUAUCAUUUGUUAUGCGUGUUUAAUACAAUGGAAGCUUCAGUAGAAUAGCGACAUAAAUUCUUAAUAUGAUCAUAAUUGCCUGAUACCAUGGACUUUAUUUGAUGUUUAGUAGAGCAUUAGAAAUUAUUGCUUAUUGUAUGUUUAUUAUUCAAUACGAGUAAGUAAUGCAAGCUCAUCGCGCACGUGGUCAUGUUCCGUCAUAUUCAAGUCAAAAGAUGACUUAAAUCCCAACAAUUUUAAAUUAAAACUUCCAGUCUACCUUUGGCAUUUGGAUUAAUGCGCCCUAUGCUCUGUGAAAUAUGUCGUUGUAUUGAUAUUGAUGAAAAUUACUCUGCUUCUUUGAUUGAUUCAUUUGGUUAAUGUAUCUGUUUUAUUUUGUUUAUUUAAAUCAUACGUUCUUUUUGUACAGCAAACGACGCAUAAUUUACCUGUAAUUACUAUGGGAUUAUAGCACAUGAUGGGUAUGUAAUGUGCACCGUAAUUACCAGGCAUUCAUUGUAAAUCGAACGCUGACAUCGUAAAUAAUAAGCAUUACAUUCAUACAGCACUAGUUCAAUUAUUGAUAUAUUUCCUUUCGUCUGAACGGUCUCGUUUCGAACGGUCUCGUUUAAUAAUUUUGAUGCAAGACAGCAAUAUAAAGUACAAAUUCAUGGCCGGUUGUUACGUUUUCUUACGCUAAAUCCCGGCUCGUCCAAUAGAAAUCAUGCCAUUUCAUCGCCUACACGUCAUGUAAACCUGUGGCAUUAUACUGCGUGCGUUUGCACUUGUUUAUACGCACAUUAUUUUAUUACUUAUUUUACUUGAAAAAAAUAAAAUGGGGUAUUUUGAUGUAUAUACAUUCACUUGCAUCCUGGUGGCAUCAACGACUUCAUCUGCAGCAAUAGCUUCGUCUAAUGGUUUAAAUUCAGUCGCGUUCCACACAAGUCAUCAAAAGGCUCGUCCAAAAGCCAAAAUCGAACAACCCCGCCCGUAUACAAAGAGUUUUUAUUGAAUUGUAAGAAUUUUCUUAGGUAAGCGUCACUUAAUGCCGUAAGAAUAAGUAGAAUAACGAAAUAGAUGGUAAUGCAUUGCGAUAGCAGUUUCGUAUGCGAGUAAUAUUAGAAUUGUGCCUUGAACCCUCCAUGUGCGUGUUGUAAACAGACUCUUGCUCUUUACAUGAUUGCUUUAUGUUUUAUUCUAUGUUCUUUUAGCAUUUUUGACGGUCAUCAAACGACUGUCUCGUUAUCGAAUUUCUGGAUCCAUUUACUAUUACUUUUACACACUUGCCUCAUUCGUUCAUUUGUGUUAA